AGAGAGGGGGGGGGGGAGGGAAUGAGAAUCGAUAGGCGAGAGGUAGAAGGAUGUAAUCAGGACCUUUCGCCACCAAUCAGAAGAAGGAGGAGGAGGAGGUUUGCUGAAGGAAAGUCUACAGAGGAGGAAGGGAUGUGUUGAUCGAUUGGGUUUUCCGGAUAGUUGAAUUAGAAAUCCAUUUUUUUUGUAACUACCUUGAUUCCUAGGCAUCAUCCGAAACCCGUUCUCCUGAUUUGAGCUGAAUCCCUCCCUCGAUUUCAGUCUGUUCCCAGUUUGGGAAUUUCCGUUUCACCUUCAGAGUUUCAAUCUUCAAAGGUAAAAGGAAUUGCGUGUUUGAGUUAGCUAGGUCAAUGGAUACGAUUUUGUGUCACAAAGUUUUGUAGAAUCACUAUCAUCGUUCAAAUUUAGCAACAUGUGUACAAGAGAUUUGUGAUGGUGAACAGGGGGCGGGAAGAGGAAGAAGAAGGUGAUCCUGGGUUAUUGGGUUUUGCUGUGAGGAGGAAGAACACCUGCGUUUUGGAUAACUCUGCUUAGUACGUUUAGCGUUCCUACUAAGCAGAGGCAGAGGAAAGGAAAUUCCAAAAGAGGCUGAUAUGUGCAAGGCCAAUGCUUGCGUGCUGAUCAUGUAUUGCUUAAGAACGGUGAUUGAGCAAAGGAGAAGAGGACGGCGUUGGGCCUGGGUUUGUGAUUGAAAUUAUCUGUCUGUUAAUGUAAAUGUACAAUGAAUGUAUAAAACUUAGGAAGCAAACAAAUCUGCAGUGUUUGUGAUUGAAAUUACCUGCCUGUUAGUGUAAAUGUACGAUGAAUGUAUAAAACUUAGCAAGCAAUCAAACCAUGCCGCUGGAGAAAUUGCCUAGUAUGUACGAAAGGACUACCAGGCGACCUAAGAACAGAGCUGAAUAUAAAUGGAACCGCAGCUAUACAUGCCUGAAUCUCGGUUAACAUAUCUUAGAGUGACAAUGACGAAUAGCACCAAGUGGGACUGGAGAUAAAAGAUGGAGAGAGCCAUUUGCUAAACUUGCUGUAAGGAGAAUCAUCGUCCAUAUAUACAGGUCAAAAUGAGUUAUAUCCGACAUCUUUUAAACAGUAUUUUCUAGGCUAAACCGGGACAGAAAUAAACGAUGCAGAUCACAUGUAUAACCGUGUCUGCAUUAUUGGCCGUCCGAUUGCGGCCACGCCCGUUUCUUUUUUGGGGAAACAAUUCUUUCCUUUUUUAGGCGUAUACUAUUUCACCUCCAUUUCCGCUUGCUGUCAACUCUGGCGAGACCCAAAGCUUCAGUUUCUGCACCACGAAGCAAUAAUUGAGCAGCUAGCUGCUAUGAAUAAGAUAAAGAUUGAGAAGAUAGAGAACUUGCCGGCGAGGCAGGUGACGUUUUCAAAGAGGAGACAAGGGCUUUUCAAGAAAGCCGAAGCGUUAUCAGUUCUCUGCGACGCUGAGGUUGCUGUCGUUGUCUUUUCUUCUACUGGCAAGCUCUAUGAGUCCUCCAGCUCCAGUACGAAGGAUGUCAUUGCAAGGUACGAAUUGCACACUGAAGAUGUGGAAAAGGGCGACCAGCAGCCACCUCCUGAGCUCCAGCUGGAGAUUAAUGAGUGCAUGAGGUUGAAUAAGGAACUUGCGGACAAGAUCCUCGAGCUAGGGCGGAUGGAGGGGCAGGAUCUAGAAGAGCUGAAUAUAGAUGAAUUGCAGAGAUUGGAGAAUAGGAUUGAAGGAGGACUCAGCCGUGUGCUUCAAACGAAGGAUAAAAGGAUUAUGAGUCAGAUUCUGGCACUUGAAAAAAAGGGAGCAGAGUUGACAGAAGCAAACAACCAAUUAAGGCAGAGGGUAAAUAAGUUAGGGAUGCUAUCCAAUGGAGAUGGAAAUAGAGCUGGUGGUGUUGCUUUGGAGUCGGAGAUCUCAACUGAUGAAGAAGAAGGUAUGGCAUCGGAAUUUGUGGUCGGCUGCUACAGUACUGGUUCUUCGACUUCUUCCCUUGAUGAUGACUCCUCUGACAACCCCUUAAUUAUCUCUUAAACUUGGGCUUCCUCGCUGUGGCUAAAACAGGGAAGGAUAUAAUAUGAUGCCAUAAUUCACUAUGUAAUUAUGUUAUGAUACUAUGUUACAUCGUUGUAUGUAUGUCUUAAAUUGGAAACUAAAUACGAGGGCAUGACUGGAAGGGUGACUAACUUACCUCUCAAGGUCUCAAGUUUCUUUUUCAUCGGUUACUGAAGUCAUGGAAUGAACUUGGAUUAUUCAGUACUAGAUAUUUGGCCUAUAGCCACUACCA